GCCCGCCGUCCCGUUGGUCGUCGACGCCGACGAUCGGCCCGGACGCGCUCCUCGUGAGCCGCGACGCCGGUCCGAAGGCGCGUCGCGCACGGCGCACACGCCCGAAAUGGCAGCCUCGCGCCUCCGGCCCAUCACCGAUGUCGGCCCGAUAGCCCCGAAAGAGCGGAACGCCGUGAUCGACGAGCAGUCAAAGGGCAUGGUCGCCGCGCCCGGUCCGCACUCCUCCAAUGCACCUCUCCACACGACGCCUGCUCUGCGCCAGCCGCGCCGCCUGGCGGUCCCGCCUCCUGUCUGGCACAGUGGGCGGCGGCCUGAGAUACCGGCAGCUCACCACUUCAUCGCCCGCCCAGCCCGCACCCACGCCCGCACCCAGCCCUCCGCCACCACCCGCGCCCUCGCCGCCCAACUCAGCCCUCCUCCUCUUCUGCCUCUCCACGGGACUCGUCGACAGCCUCACCUUCGCCGUCUCCGGCGUCUGGUGCGCCUUCGUCACGGGCACCACCGUCCAGCUCGGGAUGGACCUUCCCUCCCUCUUCGCCGAGCUCGGCGCGCUCAACGGCUCCUUCCCCACUGCCGUAACCUACAUCACCAACUCGUCUACCGCCGAGCGCGCGGCUGCCCUCGGGGGCUUCAUCUUCGGCGGCUUCGCCGGGUCGCGCUUCCCGCGCUGGGUCACGCCCGCACGCUCGAGCGCGCUGCAGUCCGCGCUCCUCGCAGGGGCGGGCGCGCUCGCGCUCGUGGACCCGGUGGCGACGUACAUGCCGCACCCGAUCCUGACGCUGGGCAUGAUAUCGACGAGCAUGUCCCUGCAGGCGGUGCUCGUGCAAAGCCUGAAGACGCCGUACGCGACGAGCGUCGCGUGGACGAGCGUCUGGCUGAGUGCGGUCUCUCCGAGCUCGGCGACCUCGCGCUGGAAGCGAACCGCGGGGCUCGCCGCGCUGAUGGGCGGGGCGGGUAUUGGGGCGCUGGUAGUGCACUUUGGGAAGGAGGAGGGCGCGGGUGACGAAUCCAGUGAUGAAAGCAGGCGGACGACACUGCGUAGGAUGGGAUGGGGCCUCGUGGGCGCUGCGGCGGUGAAGGCGACUGUGGGCGUCAUCUUCUGGCGGAGAGGUAGAGGCGGGAGGUUGCAGCUAUAGGACUGGUGGACGCGCCGGUGGUCUGCUCGGCACUGCUAGAUGUAAUAGAUGGCACAUACCCUGCACAGUAGACAUCCGUAGACAGCACAUACCCCGUAGAUCCGAUAGACGUACUUUACGCAUCGACAUGUAGGAUACCACACACUUACUGCAGUCGUGGCAUUGGCGGUACCGACGCGAGUUGUAGGGAUCCCCAGCUUCCGAAGUCUAGCAACAG